AUUUAUUUCAUCCAUUCACGGCUAUCUUCCCCUCCAUGUGGAUGAGAACGUGGGAAUAAUUGAAUGAGAUUCAGAUUUCUCGGAGAUAAUCUUUUUUAUUUUCUUUUCUUUUCUUUUUCCACCGAUUUUCUUCCUCAGUUUUCUCUUUUUUCCUCUGCUAAUUGCAGGCCCAUCACAUGCGACCUCUGCUUCCCCUCCCCACCUAUAUAAACCCCACUAAUAAAUCUUCAAUAUUUAUCAUUCCCAAAUUAAAUUCACUUCCAAGAAAAAUGCAUUCAAAAAGAAGCAGAGUUUUUGAUUUAGUGUUGGUGUUGUGCUGCUUCAUCAACAAUGCUGCUGCUUUCACCGCCUCCGGAUGGACGCAGGCCCACGCCACCUUCUAUGGAGGCUCCGACGCCUCCGGCACCAUGGGGGGUGCGUGUGGGUAUGGAAACUUGUACUCGGCGGGGUACGGGACGAGGACGGCGGCGCUGAGCACGGCGCUGUUCAACAACGGGGCGUCGUGCGGGCAAUGCUUCAAGAUCAUGUGCGACUACAAUGCCGACCCAAAGUGGUGCAAGAAGGGGGUAUCGGUAACCGUCACCGCCACCAACUUUUGCCCGCCCAACUUCGACCUCCCCAGCGACAACGGCGGGUGGUGCAACCCGCCACGGCAGCACUUUGACAUGGCGCAGCCGGCGUGGGAGAAGAUCGGUAUCUAUAGGGGUGGGAUCGUCCCGGUCAUCUAUCAAAGGGUUCCAUGCAAGAAGCACGGCGGGGUCCGGUUCACAAUCAACGGUCGCGAUUACUUCGAGCUAGUGAUGAUCAGCAACGUGGCGAACGGCGGAUCUGUCCAAUCGGUCGAGAUCAAGGGCUCGAAAACCGGGUGGAUGUCGAUGUCGAGGAAUUGGGGAGCCAAUUGGCAAUCCAACUCGUAUCUCGACGGCCAAUCCAUCUCAUUCAAGGUCACUACAAGCGAUGGCAUCACCAAGAUUUUCAAUAAUGUUGUGCCCUCAAAUUGGGCCUUUGGACAGACGUAUUCAAGCCCAAUACAAUUCUAGGCCCAAUUUCGGCCCAUCAACUGCUUUUGGGCUUUUCUACUCUUAUAGGCCGUGGCGUGCUAACUUUCAUACAAAAAAAAGCAGCCCGCUAAGAAAAAUGAAUAUGUAUUUUGGGAUACUUGUUGGUGAUUGAGAGGAAAAGGGAUUAUUUUGCUGGCCUUGUUUGAGUUUGAAAAACUUUUCUCAUUCUUUGAGAAAGAGAAAUUAAUUAUUGGUUUGAAAUUUGUAUUUAGGAUGUGGGCUACAAUUUAGGCGAAUGAGUCUAAUAAAGAAGUGUUAUUAUUUUCCA